UUGAAACGACAUAUGUUGGCUCACACUGGUGUUAAGAAUUUCAAAUGUGAGGUAUGUGCAAAAUGUUUUUCAGAAAAUAAUAGCUUGAAGCAACAUAUGUUCGUUCACACAGGUGUUAAGAGUUUCAAAUGUGAGGUAUGUGCAAAGUGUUUCUCACGAAAUACCAACUUGAAACAACAUAUGUUGGUUCACACUGGUGUUAAGAAUUUCAAAUGUGAAGUAUGUGCAAAACGUUUGUCAAGCAAUGGCAGAUUGAAACAACAUAUGAACAUCCACACUGGUGUUCAGAAUUUUAAGUGUGAUGUAUGUGCAAAAACGUUCCCAAGCAAUUACAGCUUGAAACGACAUAUGUUGAUUAACACAGGUCUUAAGAAUUUCAAAUGCGAUGUAUGUGCAAAAUGUUUCACACAAAAUACCCACCUGAAACAUCAUAUGAACACCCACACUGGUGAUAAGAAUUUCAAAUGUGAGAUAUGUGCAAAAUGUUUCUCAUACAAUAGCAGCUUGAAACACCAUGUUCUUUUGUUCAUCCUAAAAGUUGGCAGACAAGUAAAUGUUCAUUCCGGGUUGGUUUCAGAGAGGCCGAUAAAGAAACAAGAUAUUGUGAAUCAGAUCAAAACGUUGAAGGUACUCUGUCUUAAAGCAAAGAAAAUGUCUAGCAGUGGUGAUAGAUGUGUCGAAUGUGAGGUCUCUUCAAAACAUUGUCAAAACAUCCCUCAUCUGGAAGAACAAACGUCAACACAUUCUUGUGAGAAACCUUUCCAAUGUGGGAUGUGUUUAAAGUGUUUCUCUUACAAGUGGCGAAUUAAGCAGCAUAUGAGGAUCCACACUGGUGAACGGCCAUAUCAGUGUGAGGUGUGCACAAAGUGUUUUCUUGAGAAAAGAUACUUGAAAAAGCAUAUAUUAAUUCACAAUGGAGUUAAGAAUUUCAAAUGCGAUGUGUGUUCAAAAUUAUUCUUAUUAAAUACAAUUUUGAAACAACAUAUGUUAGUUCACACAGGUGUUAGGAAUUUCAAAUGUGAGGUAUGUGCAAAAUGUUUCUCACAAAAUUCCCACUUGAAACAACACAUGUUGGUUCACACUGGUGUUACAAAUUUCAAAUGUGAGGUAUGUGCAAAAUGUUUCUCACAAAAUUCCCACUUGAAACGACAUAUGUUCGUUCACACUGGUUUUAAGAAUUUCAAAUGUGAGGUAUGUGCAAAAUAUUUCUCACAAAAUACUGACUUGAAACGACACAUGUUGGUUCACACUGGUGUUAAAAAUUUCAAAUGUGAAGUAUGUGCAAAAUGUUUCUCACAAAAUACCCACUUGAAACAACAUAUAUUGGUUCACACUGGUGUCAAGAAUUUCAAAUGCGAGGUAUGUGCAAAACGUUUCUCACAAAAUAACCAAUUGAAACAACAUAUAUUGGUUCACACUGGUGUUAAGAAUUUCAAAUGUGAGGUAUUUGUAAAAUGUUUCUAAGUACCAUCUUGAAACAACAUAUAUUGGUUCACACUUGUGUUAAGAAUUUCAAAUGUAAGGUAUGUGGAAAAUGUUUCUCAAGGAAUACAGACUUGAAACAACGUAUGAAGAUUCACACUGGUGAUAAGAAUUUCAAAUGUGAAACAAUAUGGAACUGAAACAACAUAUUUUAGUUCACACUAUUGUUAAGAGUUAAAUGUGAUGCAUGUGCUAAAUGUUUCUCAUACAAUAGCAGCUUGAAUCAUCGUGUCUUUGUUCACACAGGUAAUAAACAGUUCAAUGCGU